UCGCGAGAUAAAGUUGACUCAGGCGCACGAGCAAAAAACCAUGCGAUUGAAUUGCCAAAGGUACGCGCGCGAAAUCUUUUGAAUUCGCCCCCACCCCUCGCUUCGUGUGCAGUCGACGUCGUUGUCGGUAUAUACACACACAUACACUCAUGUGUGUGUAAGUGUGCGAGUGCGUGAGUGAACUUGAGUGUUUGUCUAGGUGAAAAGCUUAAAGUGCGAAACCAUUAAAUUGCUGAUAGACUAGAUAGACAGACAGGCCACGCCCACAUAAACAAAAGUAGCGUAAUGGAGCACCUACGUCCGCUUAGCUAUGAGGAGAUGUGUCAAAUGGAAAUGUUGCAGGCCGGCGGCAACACGGCGCAGCCGGUGGCAACGGGCACACCAACAAUGCUGCCCAUCAUGGUGAUACCCACAACACUGAUAACACAAGGCGGCGGAGUUGGACCUGGAGCAAACGUAGCCGGCGCAGCACAGCCACAGGGUGGCGUCGAGCACUACUAUCAGCUGCAGCCCACACAUAUUUUGACUGCGAGCACAGACGGAGCAGCAGCAGCAGCGGCAGCGGCGGGCAAUGCUGGGCUUAGCGGCGAAUUGGCGCUUCUGCAAAGCGGCGGCGGCGGCGAACAGUUUCCACACAGCAUCCAACUGCAACAGCAUCCACACACACUUCCACACCAGCUCACCCAUGGCCACCCACAGCCUGUCAACAUACUGUGCACGGGCACACUGAACCGAGCAUCGCCAGCAUCGUCGGCAGCUGCCACAGCAAUGACGGCGACCACGGCGGCGACGCUGCCGCGCGGCUUUCAGCCGGCUGCCUUUGUGACGGACGUCGAGAGCGACUUUGAGGGCAGCGAGUGCGGUGCAGGUGGCACCACUACCACUUGCAUGCCGCACUUUCGCUUCGGUGGCUGCGGCCUUCCAUCGUCCCAGCAGCAGCAGCAGCCGAAUCAAGACGCCGUCGUUGGCUGUGGCUCGCUGUCAUAUAUGAUGGGCACUCUGGCCGCCGGCGGUGCCAUGCACGCUGGCCGCUUUGCUGGCACCCUGGGACGCAAUCGACGUGGCGAUGGGCACACCAAGCGUGUGUCCUUCAAGGGGGACAACCUGCCGCCAACGCCUCCGCCACCGCCUGCCGUCGAGUUGGACGAGAACGGUCUUCCGAUACCGUUGGCGGUGCCAGGCGCUGGCGGCGCUUGCUCCUACAUGCAUUUCGACAACUACAUGGACUACCAGACAACCGGGUUUGGCGGGCUGCCAGACGUCACGGAACACUCGAACAUACGCCGCACUCUCUCCCGCCAGAACUCGAUCUCCAACAGCGAUUCGGGUGGCGAAAUUGCCAGCAUACAAAAGUCCAAAGUCUUUGGCAGCGCGAUGACGGGCGGCGUUGUUGUUGGCAGCGAUAUCGCUGGCAUCGCACUCGAUACCAAAUCGCCCACCUCACUGGCAUCCGCCGCAUCCAGUGCAGCCGGCGCCUCCGGCAAGACAAAGGGAGGCAAGACGGGUGCUGGUCGCAAGGGUCGAAAUAAUUCGGCUGCUGGGCAUAAGACACGCCGUGGCUCCUGGAUGGUUGCACUGACCCUGGUGAGUGCCAUCUGUCUGCUGGCGAUAGCGGCCACGUUGGCAUACCAGCAUUUCUUCAUGUCGCCCAGCCGCAAUUCGCAUGCACAAAGACUGAGAAUCGUUAGGCGCAUAUUGCGCGAAGUGCCGCUCGUCGAUGGACACAACAACUUUGCGUGGAACGUGCGCAAGUAUGCGCACAGCAGUCUCGAGCUGGUGCAUCUCAGUCACGACCUCGAUCAUAAGUCCAUGUGGUCACGACCUGCGUGGGCCCAAACCGAUAUGGAGCGACUUAAGCAGGGAUUAGUCGGUGUGCAAGUCUGGUCGGCGUACGUGCCAUGCGAGGCACAAGGAUUGGACGCCGUCCAGCUGGCACUGGAGCAAAUCGACAUAGUGCGCCGACUGUCGGACAUGUACGCCAGGGAAACAGUAUUGGCGACAUCCUCGCAGGACAUCGUGGCCACGCACAGACGCGGCAUGCUGGCCUCACUGAUCGGCAUCGAGGGUGGUCACACCAUCGGCUCGUCGCUUGGAGUGCUGCGCUCAUUCUAUUCGCUGGGUGCUCGCUAUCUCAGUCUGACACAUCGAUGCGAUGUGUCGUGGGCCGGGUCGAGUGCCUCGCCGCAGGAGCAGGGUCUGACGCCUUUUGGCAAGGCGAUUGUGCGCGAAAUGAAUCGUCUGGGCAUGAUGAUCGACCUGUCGCACAGCUCGGAUGCCACGGCUCGUGAUGUUCUUCAGGCAACACGAGCGCCCGUAAUAUUUUCGCACUCAGCGGCACGUCAGCUGUGCAACUCGACGCGAAACGUGCCCGAUGACAUAUUACGUCUGGUGGCCGAGAAUGGGGGCCUCGUUAUGCUGAGCUUUGACCCUGAGGACGUGGCCUGUGGCCGUCAGGCGAGAUUGCAGGAUGUGAUAGAGCACAUCAAGUAUGUGCGAGCAAUUGCGGGCAUUCAACACAUUGGCCUCGGCGCCGGCUACGAUGGCAUUGAAAUGCCACCGCUGGGCUUGGAGGACGUGUCCAAGUAUCCAGAGCUGUUGGCCGCCCUACUCGAGGAUCACAACUGGAGUGAGGAGGAUGUGGCCAUGCUGGCGGGUCGCAAUUUUCUGCGCAUCAUGGAAACGGUGGAGACGGUGCGCGACUAUUGGAAACGUGCCGCCAUUCAGCCCAUCGAGCAGGCGGAGCCACAGCCGAAGACGCAGUGCACUUACAUGUCGUCGUGACCACUGCCGCAGGCGGUACGAACGCGCCGCGAUGAGCCCGCGACGAUGGACAGAAGCUCAGCCAAUCACACGGAAACUGCUUCGACGGAUGCCCAGCACUGGCAUCAAUUGCAAUCCCGGCCCGGCGCAAAUCAAACGGAAGUGCAGCACGUGGCAAUGGCAGCCACAACGAUGCCAACCACAUUCACAGUCAGCAGUGGACUUUUGCAGUAAGCUGCAUCAAGCACACUUGUAAUUCACCCAGACGAACGAGUGUUGUUAAUGUCGGUUAAGUCGACUUAACGCUCUUCAUUUAUGUUAUUUACUUAAUACCAUAUGAUCAAAAUCCUGUGGCUAUGCAACGGUAAAUACUCGUAAAAAAUAUACUCUGUACGUUAAGCGCAGGAAUCAAAAUGACAGAAUGAUAAUAUUUGUGGCGAAGAAUUAAAAUAAGUGUGUAUUUAAUGUAGACGCGUUGUAUAUCGAUAAGUUUUGCGUAAACGAGGCAAAGGCAUUCGUGGGUUUCACGCUUUAUUUUACUGGUGAUUAAAAGUCAAUAUUUAAUUUGGUUGUAAUCUAUAUCUCUACUUUAAUUUAUUCACUUUGAUUUCAUUUAUUUUAAUUUGUAUGUCAACUGCACAAUUUUAUCGCCAAAUAGAUUUCGAUUAUUUUUAAUUGCAACUCGUUAUACACGAUAACCAUGCACGUACA